AUGGUCAUCGAUGCCGGAACAGACUCGGUCUUCUAUAAUGUCCCGACUCCUACGGAGCAGAAGAUCAAGACUCGACAGAUGCCCGUCACCUUGCUUUCCGGCUUCUUGGGAAGCGGCAAGACAACACUCCUCAAACACAUCCUCAAGUCACCUGGCCAUGGGUUACGGAUUGCUGUAAUCGUCAACGAUAUGAGCCAGCUGAACAUCGACGCUACCCUCAUCCAGAACCACAGAGUCUCCCAGACUACCGAAAAGCUCAUUCGACUUCAAAACGGAUGUAUCUGCUGCACUCUACGGGGAGACUUGCUGUCUGAACUGGCAGCUUUGACCAAACAAAACGAGGUUGACUAUGUUAUCAUUGAAUCAACUGGCAUAAGCGAGCCCAUGCAAGUCGCCGAGACUUUCACGGCUGAGUUUAGCUCGGCCAUGCUAGAGGCUGAAGAUCAGAUUGCUAAUGAUGACGCUGAUGCAAAGAAGAUACUGAAUGAAAUUGUGGAUCUAGGUGGUUUGCACACAAUGGCUCGAUUAGACACUACUGUCACUGUCAUUGAUGCCUUCAACUUUCUUUCUAGCUUCGAUACGACAGAGUUUCUCUCUGAUCGCUAUGGAAGAGAACAGAUCGUGCCUGAGGAUGAGCGUACAAUAUCUGAUCUCAUGGUAGAUCAGAUUGAGUUCGCCGAUGUGUUGAUUCUCAAUAAGGUCGAGACAGUCAACCAAGCGACACGCGAUAAGAUCAUGCGUUUGCUGAAGCUACUGAAUCCAGCUGCAAAGAUUCUCGAGUCUAAUUACUCUCAAAUCGAUGUCCAAGAAAUCAUCAACACAAAAAAAUUUGAUUUCAUCCGUGCUGCUUCUGGUCCUGGGUGGUUGCAGAGUCUACAUGAAAUGACAAUACAGAGGACAGGCAAUGGUGAUCGGAUGGCACCGAAGCCAGAGACAUUGGAGUAUGGCAUCAACAACUUCGUCUAUACUGCUCGUCGACCUUUCCAUUCACGCCGCAUCUUCGCUCUUCUUCACGACAAGUUCAUCAUUCUCCAGAACACCGAAGUCGAAGAAGAAGGCGACGAGGAAGAGGAGGAGGAGGAGGAGGAGGAGGAGGAGGAGGAGGAGGAGGAGGAGGAGGAGGAGGAGGAGGAGGAGGAGGAGGAGGAGGAGGAGGAGGAGGAAGACGAAGAUACAAUGAACACAGAAUCUGACUCUGAGUCAGUAGAAGACUUUGGUCAGCCUGAUCCAGUGGUCAGUCUGAACAACAAACGUACGCACCCGGCCUUUGGUCCAGUUCUCCGCUCCAAGGGCUUCUUUUGGCUCACAACCAGGCCCUGGCAAUUUGGAGAAUGGAGCCAAGCAGGUGGUAUGCUUACUCUUGGAUGCGGUGGACCUUGGUUUGCUGAAGUCCCCGAUGAAGCGUGGCCAGAAGACCAGGAUGUGCGAAAAUCCAUCCAGAAUGACUUCCAAGGUCCCUGGGGCGAUCGUCGCCAGGAACUAGUGUUUAUCGGUGAAGGCAUUGACAGUGCAAAUAUUAGUGAUUUGUUGGAUGAGUGUCUUCUAGAUGACAAGGACAUGAAGAAGUGGGAGAAGGUGAUGAAUAACAAGAAAAUUAGCAGACAGGAGAAGACGGAUAAGUUGACAAAGAUGUGGGAAGAUGGUUGGGAGGAGUGGCCCACACUUGAAGACGAGAAUACGGAAGAGGAAAAAGAGAAUCAAGGGCAGGGGAAGCAUCGAAUCAGCGAUUAUCUGAGUCCUCAACAUGGGACUAAACAUGUUCAUGGACACAGCCACGGGAUGGUUGCCGUAUGA